GCCCCUCAUCACGGAUACAACCAACAGAGAGAUUCACUUCCUUCAAGGCCGGCUAGGGAAGCAAUGGAGGACCUUGUGCUCCGUCCCCAGACUAAGGCUUCGACCGAGCUUGAAAGCAACGUCAAGGAAUCGACGCGCUCGCGGCAUCCUUACCUGGACGGCAACUUUUACCCUCAGAAAACGGAGUUACACCUGGUUGAAUGCUACUUUGAAGGUACCAUACCUCAUGUUCUGGCGGGUGGGCAAUACUUGCGGAACGGUCCGAAUCCGUCCCAUCCACCAGCUCCUGAGCAGCCUUACCAUUGGUUCGAUGGAGACGGCAUGGUUCAUGGAGUAUACUUCCACCAAGACCCGAAGACUGGCUGCAUCGUUCCACGUUACGUCAACAAACAAGUAAAGACAGAUGUGUUAAUAGCAUCACAUCACUGGACCUUCAGCUUGAUGCCAUCGAUUGCUACAUUGAUCGAUCCUAUCUCAACUACUACUUUACUGCUCAAAGCCAUCUUGCGAACAGCGAUUCUCAGUUUCUUGAGCGGAAGCACCAGGAUAUCGGUGGCGAACACGUCACUUGUAUUUCAUGACAACAGACUGUUGGCCAACUGCGAGAAUGGACCACCUAUGACUAUAUCUGCACCAGGGCUGGAGACACUUGGAUGGCAGAGAUUUAUCGACCCUGAUACUGGUCGAAAUGCCGGCAUGCCGGGCAGUUUCGAUGAAUGGUCAACCGCUCAUCCAAAGGUGGAUCCAGAGAGCGGUGACCUCAUCACGUUUGGCUACAAUAUCUUUGCGCCACCGUACGUGCGAUAUUCCGUCAUCGGCUCCGACGGAAGACACCAGACCUUUCAACAGCCGCUUGACUUACCAGAAUCAGUUAUGAUGCAUGACUUUGCUGUCACCAAGACGCAGUCAAUCAUUUUUGACCUUCCUUUAUCUCUUUCACCAUUCAAUGCUAUCAAAGGAGUGCCUAUGAUCUCAUUCAACCCUUUACGAAGAGCAAGGUUUGGCGUCUUUCCCCGGUUGUACAAGGCUGGCGAAGAUGAAAUCAUCUGGUUUGAGACUGAUGCUUGCAUGAUCUUUCAUUCCGCUAACGCUUGGGACGAACACGACGAGAAGGGCGAGGUGAAUGCUGUUUGUAUGGUUGCAUGUCGGUUCCAAGGUGCGAAGCUAGUUCAUGCGGCCGCUGGCAUGGCGGCACCCGGUGGUGGAGGUACAGACGUCGUCCAUCUUUUCUACUACAAGUUUGAUUUGAAGACUCGGCAAAUCUCACAUGCAUACCCUUUAUCAGACUUUCCGAUGGAGUUUCCCACGGUUAACCCAGCUUACCUGACCAAGAAAAACCAUUACGUUUAUGGCGCAUCACUCAGUUCCGGAUCGUUUGAUGCAGCACUAUCUGGGGCAAAAAUCGAUACUCUUGUCAAGGUCGAUGUCCAGGAGCGCAUCAAGAGUCCACCUAUGUGUGUAACCCAAGAAACCGCGAACCUCCCACCAUCAGGAUCAGGCGUGAAGAAAAUUAGUCUCCCUCCAGGACACUUCGCAUCGGAAGCCAACUUCGCACCGUCGAGACCAGAUGAUCCAGAUGCCGAAGAAGACGACGGUUACCUGUUUAUCAUAGUUUAUGAUGAGGCGCGCCUGGAUCCUGUCACCGGAGACGCGCCCGACGAUGAUCCUGAUGCUUCAUCUGUAUGGAUCAUCGACGCGAAAGCAUUCUCACUACCACCCAUUACGAAAAUACGCAUACCGCAGAGAAUUCCAUUCGGAUUGCACGGUACAUGGGUGUCUCGUCAACAAUUGGAAUCGCAAGAAAACCUCCAUAUUAACGUUGACGGCCAAGUCGAGUUGAAGCCUGGGACCAAGACACGGACCGCUACUUCUAUCAGUGCUCUUACAAGCUUAUGGAAGUGGCAACUAGUUUGGGCGGGCAAUGAAGUGAAGCGCGGUGUAGGAGACCUUGGAACUUUGAGCUUCGGUUUGAGCGCUCUGGUGGCUUGGGUAUUGUUCUUACUCAUGACUUGGGAUUUAUGGGCAAUGUUGGGCGGAUGUGCAAUUCGGAAGGUAUUUGGAUGACACACAGUGGUAAUACAAUUAGGAUACGGCGUUAGGCACAUUCGUUCAGACAGCACAAACAUAAUGUUAUUUUUAAUCGUCCAUACUCCGACAGCAAGCAAAG